AUGGUCGCGGGUACCAACUUCAUUACUGACGUGCGUAAUGUAACGGUUGACCUGGCGAAUAAUACAAGGCGUUUAGAAAAAUGGUACCUGUUCCGUAUACCGGUGAAGGAUUUUGAAAGUAAGGAUGAUUCGGUGGUGAUGCGUUUUGGUAAACUGGAGCUGGUGCGUAACCAAUGGAGAAAGUUCCAGUACCGUAUCGAUACAGCCGGUCAGUAUGUGAACCUGCCGACGCCUGACCCGAUCGAGUUCAACACACUCGCGGUAAACCUCGAAGAAAAUGACCAGCGCCAGCCGGUGAGAUAUGUAUCUCCUCCGGGCAUUGAAAGACAACAACAGUUGAGUAAUAAUAACGUGCAGUUGUUCCUCAAUGAACAAUCAUUAAGCGUACAGGCUUGCGGGUUGCAGAAAGGAGAGACAAGGGGUGUGUUUAAAACGAUGAACCUCGAUAUGCGGCAGUAUGGAAAGCUGCGUAUGUUCAUCCACGCGGAAGGCAGGAACAGUAAUGAUGCGAUCAAAGAUUAUUCAUUGACGGCGAUCAUUCGUAUCGGUAAUGACUUCCAGGGUAACUAUUAUGAACGGGUGGGUAUACAAUACACGGAAGACUAUGGUACCACGCUGCCCGGUUAUAUGGAUAGCACGCAUAUACUCGGCUCCAACCCGCUGAGUGGUAACCCCGGGUUUGAUUUUAUAUUCGGCUACCAGCCUGACACAUCGUGGAUCAACAGGUUUGGAACAAAAGGAUUGUUCUCCCAUGACCCACGUGUAUCGGCGAUGAUACAACAACGAUUCAACCAGCGACUCAACAUCACGGCACAGUUGAGCCCCGUGCGUGAUUUGAAUGUCGAUGUCAACUUUGACAAAACGUUUGACAAGCAAUACUCCGAACUCUACAAGGACACUACCGGUACUUCCGGUCUCAGUCGCCUGAAUCCUUACGCGAUGGGAAGCUUUAGUAUCAGUUAUAUUUCUUACCAGACGUUGUUCAGGAAGUUUGACCCGAACGUAGUAUCCGAAACGUUUAAGGAAUUUGAGGCCAACCGUAUAUUAUUAUCACAGCGCCUGGGAACGAAGAAUCCUUACCAGGGUGGUGGUGUAGGAACCGAUGGUUUCUACGAGGGGUAUGGCAAGUAUGCACAGGAUGUGGUCAUACCUUCUUUCCUCGCAGCGUAUACGGGUAAAGAUCCGAUGAAGGUGAAGCUGUUCAAGAACAGUAAUUCAAAAUUGAAUUCGAAUCCAUUCGCGAGUUUGAUACCAAAACCGAACUGGACGAUCACGUAUAAUGGUUUGUCGAAGAUACCGGGGCUGGAUAAGAUAUUUGCCAAUGUCACGCUGCGUCAUGGUUACCACAGUACGCUCGGGAUGAAUAGUUUUAAUACGGCGUUAUUGUUCCAGGAUCCGUUCAGGGCCGGUUAUCCUUUCUUCAAGGAUACGCUGACGGACAUGGCAAAGGAAGAUUUUGGUUUAACCAACGGCAAUGAUCUUAAGGAUAUUUAUUUAAAGUUGACAGACAAUAUCCAUCCAUUAUCAUUAGGCAAUGUAUAUAAAUCGAAAGCACAAAUAAAAAUGCUUGCUGAAAAGUUGUUGAAGUAUCAUACUAUUGAUAAAGAUAAUGUGCCAAAAGUAAUCAGCUUUUUAUGUUCUGAAUCGGGAAGUCAUGAUUAUACUAUCUAUAGGAAAGAAGCAAAGGAAGAACUCGGGCUUAACGUUGAGAAGCCGAACGAAGAACUGUAUGGG